CCGUACCCCAAUCUGACAGUUUACAAUCGCAUCUUCAAUCUGGGAGGAAAAUAAAUAAUUACCGCAAUGUCCCACAGCAGUAAAAAUUAUCAUGACCUGGACAUUACGAAGUUGUUCGAGGAGCACACGAUCAAGGAGAUUGAGCAGAUACAGAAGAAGAUAUUUGUAGAAAUAGACUGGAAGAAAGUGGAGCUGAGGACACUCGUGGGAGAGAGAUAUCGAGAUUUAAUCCAAGCAGCAGACACGAUAGCGGAGAUGAAGAGGACCUCCGAGGAGGUGACCCAGAGGAUCGCAGGGAUUGAGGAUAAAUUUCGAGAGCUGCAGCAGAAGUAUCUAAUCGGUUUCAAACUAGAUCCACCGGAGGAACCCAUCAGCAGACUGAAGACCGACGUCUCAGACUCGGUCGUUGUACAGAUCAAGAUCCUGAUGGACAUCCCCGAGCACAUCUGGUCGGCGAUUGAUGACAGGGAUAUCCUCAGAGCCAGUCAAUUAUUCAUCCUAGGACAGCACAUCAAUUACAGUCUGAUUUUCGAAAUUGGACAGUCUGUUCUCAACGAGAGGUAUCCACUUGUGGCGAAACAAUGGUGCAUUAUUAAUAAUUUUAGGAGUGUUAUCUCUGGCGAGUGUUACAAGACACUUCAGUCGCUGGAUUUAACUCCUGAGACAGCUGCCAACUGCCUGUCCUCCCUGGUCCUCAUGGAGAAGACAAGCUCAAAGGAUCUUAUCCAAAAAUUCAUCCAAUUCAGGAGCAAUGCUGUGGAGUCAAUAAUCAAGGACGAGAGCCCGCACAGUGUCAGGCACAGGAUAAAAAUAUGUGUCAAACUUCUGAUGGAUACAGUUGCCCUCAUCCACUCCUGUUUUAUAAAAUCUGCUUCCCACGAUCAUGGCCUCAUCUCCCACCACAUAAAAUCGAUUUCCGACCAGGAAGCCUCCGCCAUGCUCUCCCAACUGGACCUAAGCCCCCAGCUCCUGGAGAAAUACCUCCCCUCAGUGACGAAAAACCACAAGCCCUUCGCGAAAGGUGAAUUCCUCGAGGUUUCCCCCUCGGAUCUAACGAAAAAACUCCAGGACUGGUUCUCGUGGGUUCGAAAGUUCACCUCUGUCUCGAUAAAGAGCCUUCUGAAUCUCGUCACCUCGGUCCGAGGGAUCUUCAACAUUCGGGAGGAGUCGAUAUCCCUCGAGCUCCCCGAGAACUGGACGAAUAUCUGGAAGGACCUGUCGACACCGCCCAUCAACUUUUGGACGGAAUUCUUCCACCCAUUGCUCACUGAUCGCGUCAAGGAGAUCAUAAAAAUCCGGUCGGAGGAGGCCUUGAGUGAGCUGAAGACCAGCGUCACAGAGUUUCUCGCGAAACUGCCAAACGAGAAGUUUAGCUUUCCAGAGGACGAUCUCAGAUGGUUCAUCUGGAAGGACUCCCCGCUGGACAUUCCCCAGAAGCUCUCGAAAACCGGUUCGAUAGACGUGAAGCGCUCCCUCCUGAUGAAGGCGAGGGGCUACUCCUCGAACCUGGUGACCCUCUGCGAGAACCUCGACCAGAGCCUCCACAAUCUCCUCUCAGACCUAGAGCAGUACCUCUACGAAUCAGAGAGAGUCACCUCGGCCCCCUCAGACCUCUUAACAAUGACGCUGUCCUCAGUAUUCGAUAAAUUUUGGGACAGAACAGCCAUCCAAGAGCACCUCCAGCACACCAGUGCAGUGAUGACUGAAAAAAUAAUAGAGUUCAUAAGAUUCGAUUGCACAAACGAAACUCCAAAAACCGGAAAGAGGGAGAUCAACGCCAUUGUCAUGGCGAGAUUCCUCCAGGCCGUAACAGCCAUCUGUCCCAAUUUGAAUAAAUGCUUCACCCUGUCUAAAAUAUCUGGACUGACAAUCACGAAUGUCAAGUGGCAGAAUGUGUGCGACAAAUUGAGGGAGGAGACGAUGAACAUCUGGCUGAUCUGGGUGAACUGCUACAGGGAGAGGCUCAAGGAUCACUCGAAGAGAUUCUUGACUUCGGAACCUGUUGAUGGACUGAGGAUCAGGAUGAUUGUCUCUGAGUGGGAGAGGGUCACUAUUGAGGAGGAGGGGGAGGAGGGGAAGAGGAUUAAGUCCGAGAUUCUGGUGCCUUAUCAGCCGUCGGUUUCCCUGCAGAAGUUCCUGGCUGCUGUCACCAAGGAUUUGAAUAAGGUAAUUCCUCAUACGAUCCCCAAGAAGGUGGUGAACGAGUUCAGUUGCAAUGUCGUGGGGGAGGUGUUUGGGUACUACGAGGGGGUCCUCAGAGGGGACUUGAGGCAGAAACAGGCGUUUCAGGUACUUCUGGAUGUCAAGUACGUCACGAUGCUGCUGGUUCCCAGGGAGAAUAAGGAUAAUGUGGACAGGUCGCAGGAGAUCUGCAAUGGCAUCCUGGGGAGGAUCGACCCCUUCGAUUCCGACGUUUUUUAUCCGUUUAUUCAUGUCAAUGUUAAGAAGAGUGUGCAGAGGACUUUGCUAAUAUUUGGAAAUCUAGUGCCCCACUUGGAGCAAUUGCAUUCAGUCCUCGGUGCACGUGGAGAACUAGUUGACACUGGCAAAUCGAUGUCAGAUCCUCCCGGAGUGCUGGCAGUUUGCACUGGUUCUCCAUGGUUUCCACCACUGGCAGUCACAGUGCCUCCCAGAAAUUUGCCACUGAUUCCCGUGGCUAUUCCAGAUAAAACACAGAUUGGCGUUUGCUUGAGGUAAGCAGGUAAUGACGGGUUGUUGUUUCGUUUUUCGUUGGUUAUUACCAGGAUUUUUUCAUUCUUGGGAUUUUUCUUUGAGGAAUUAAUGUUUUGUGUACUAAUUGUUUUAUUUUUUUGAUAGAACUGGGUACUAUUUUAGGAAAAUUGAGGGGAAUACUGAAUAAUGUCUAUUUAUUCGUGUUUUUUAAUGGAGAAACAAGACUUCAACUGUGAAUAAGAAUUUUAUUUUAUCGCAAUUUUUUGAGUGAUCGUUGAAAAAUCGAUUUUUGAAAAAACGUUAAUUUUUCCGAAUCUGUAUAAAAAAUUGAAUUUUAAUUCGUGUCAAUGUAUAGAGCUUAUUAAUUCGAUUAAACCCUUUUAAGAGACGUUCUAAAAAAAUCCGGAUGCAAAAAUAAACUGAUACUCGAGUAUUUCAAUCAACAUAAAAUGAAAAAAAAAUUGUGCCCAGCUCUAUUUACCGCAUGUAAAAUUGAUUUUAUCCCCCAGAAUGUGCCACUAUUAACUGUCCUAUUUUUCAUGUGUUCAACUGUUCUCUCACGCUGUGUUAAAUUUAAUUCGUCGACAUAAACGUCCACUGCAUCUCUGUGUUUUCUCUGCCCAGCGAAAAAAAGCACCAGUAAAGGAACACGUGAGAAACGACUUGACUGGCUCGACAAUUAAAUCUGGUGCAGCUGCCUUCUUCGGAGCCAUGGGA